AUGCUGCUGCUCCAGGUAGCCAACCGCUUCAGCCAAACGGCCCGUGUGAAAUGUCGGAACCUGCCCAACACAGAUAGUGAAAAGAUGCUGAGGAAGGCGGAGGCCACGGCCGUCAAGUACCAGCAGCACCAGGAGUCCCUCUCGGCUCAGCUACAAGUUGUAUAUGAGCACAGGUCAAGAUUAGAAAAGUCCUUACAAAAGGAAAGGCUUGAACACAAGAAAGCAAAAGAAGAUUUUCUUGUUUACAAACUAGAAGCACAGGAAACGCUAAAUAAAGGAAGGCAAGACUCCAACAGCCGAUACAGCGCGCUGAGUGUACAGCACCAGAUGCUGAAGAGUCAACAUGAAGAACUAAAGAAACAGCAUGCUGACCUUGAGGAAGAUCACCGAAAACAAGGAGAAGAGUUUAGCAGAACGUUCAGUGAUCACAAGGAGCGAUACUUACAGCUGCAGCAGGAGAAGGAGCAGGAGAUCUCCAAGCUGAAGGAAUCCCUGUAUAACUUACGGGAGGAGAACAGACAGUUGCGAAAAGCUCACCAGGACAUUCACACCCAGCUACAGGAUGUCAAGCAACAGCAUAAGAACUUACUCUCCCAGCACAACCAGCUUGUAGUGACUUUGGAAGACCACAAGAGUGCACUGGCUGCUGCGCAGUCCCAGGUGGAGGAAUACAAACAGUUGAAGGACACACUCAACAAAAUGCCAAGUUUCCGACAGCCUGAGAAGUUAGAACGACCAGACGAGCGACCGGAGGUGCGAGCACCGUCUCCCCACAGCGACCUCCCAACGCGCCGUGAAGCUGGGGGUGCGGAGCAUGAGGAGAAUGAGAAGCCAAGAGACAGAGAAGAAAUAAAUACCCAAGAACAAGAGGACAGAGCUGAGCCUUUUCAUCCGCAGAGAAGGGCUAAUGAGCAUGCCAAAGAGCUAAAUAUUCAGGAGCAACAAGAAGCUGGAGAGGAUGAUGAGCAACGUGUUGAUCAAGUUGAAGAGGAACGCAAAAAAGAACUUGAAGAGGAAGAAAUGGAGCAGGCAGGUCAGCCUGAGCACUUAGAGGAGGAACAGGAUCAAGUACCAGAAGAGCAGGAGUGGAAAAAACAGGAACAGAGGGAAGAAGAAACCAACAUGUUGGGUGAUCAUCUUCAUUCAGAGAUAACAUCAACAAAAGCUGUAACAAAAAGACAUAAGGCAGCGUAUGAGCAACAGCUAGAGCAGCAACGUCUUGCAGCCCGAAGAGCAGAGGAAGCCGAUCAGCUACGAGAACAUCAGGAAUCGCUACGUCAGCAAAGACUGCGAGGACAGCUACUACGAGAGCAGCAGCUUCAGGACAAAGAGCUUCAGCUGCAGAAACAGGCAGAACAAGGAGAAAAACUCUAUAAAAACAGGCUAAGCCAACGGACUCAUUAUGAUAACAUGGAUCAUGAUAUUGUACAAGGGGAAGAAGAGCAAGGUGUUCAGGAAGAGGAAGGGGGUUAUGAACGUGACAACCAGCACCAGGAUGAAGGUGAAGAUGAUGAUCAAAAUAAUGCAAAUGAACAGCAAGAACCAGAGCAUCAAGUAGAAAAUCAGCGGGCUGAUGAAUCCAAGGCAGCCAUGGAAGAUGUGAAUCCUGCUGAUGAUCCCAACAAUCAGGGAGAAGAUGAAUUUGAGGAAGCCGAGCAAGAGAGGGAGGAAAACCUACCAGACGAAAAUGAAAAGCAGAAGCAAACCAGUGAGAAGCAAGGACAUCCAGGAGUGGAAGAGCACCUCGUGAUGGCAGGAAAUCCAGACCAGCAGGAAGAUAAUGUGGAUGAACAAUACCAGGAAGAGGGAGAAGAAGAGAUCCAGGAAGAUUUGACAGAAGAGAAGAAACGAGAACUGGAACGCAACGCUGAAGAGCCGUAUGGUGAAAACGACGAAAAUGCAGAUGAGAAGAAUAACAGAGGGGCAGAUCAAGAGCAAGAAGUGCAAGAAGAGAACAACCAGAAAGAAGUUCAUGAAGAAAAUUAUGAGGAGGAAGAGGAGGAGGAGGAAGAAGGCAGAGCUGUUGCAGCGAAAACUCAUAGACGAGGGGAGAUGUAG